AUGAGCGCUGCCUUUGAAGGCUACGAGAAGCAAUACUGCGAGCUCUCCGCCAAUUUGGCGAAGAAGUGCUCGUCGGCUAGCCUACUCGAUGGAGAGCAAAAGAAGCAAAAGAUUUUCGAAACCAAUACUGGCAUCGAUCAGGCGGAAGCUUUGAUCAGGAAGAUGGACAUUGAGGCUCGGGGUUUGCAACCAAAUAUCAAAGCAGUGCUUCUUGCCAAGCUGAGAGAAUACAAGUCCGACCUGAACAACUUGAAGAGUAAUGUAAAGCGAGUUACAUCCAGUAAUCUGAAUCAGGCUGCACGGGAUGAGCUUCUCGAGGCAGGAAUGGCUGAUACAUUGGCGGUAUCAGCUAAUCAGAGGGACAGACUGUUAAUGUCUACUGAAAGAUUGAACAAGUCCAGCAACAGGAUUCAUGAAAGCAGAAAGGUCAUGCUGGAGACCGAGGAGCUCGGCGUCUCACUUCUCCACGACUUGCACCAACAGCGACAGUCUCUCAUGCAUGCUAAUAACACGUUGCAUGGUGUGUAUGACAACAUAAGCAGGAGUAGAAAAAUAAUAAAAAACAUAUCGAGGAGGAUGGACCGCAAUAAGUGGAUCAUUGGUACUAUAAUCACACUUUUGAUUAUUGCGAUUGUCGUGGUCUUAUAUUUCAAGUUAGUCAAGUAA